AUUAAUUUGGGGGUGCGCCUACGGUGACAUGCAUGUCACAGUGACUUGCACUUUUUGGUCGACCUCAGUUAGGAUUAGGUGGACCUCAUAUAGGAUUAGGUCAACCUCAUGUAGGAUAAGGUCGACCUCAUAUAGGAUUAGGUCGACCUCAUUUAGGAUUAGGUCGACAUAAUCGGUUGUUUCAGUGUAAAAAUAGUUUCAUGGUGCCUACUUUGGAGAUUCAUAUCUUACAAUUGGCUCGAUGGAAAUUGGAGAUUAAUGGCUUGUUUGAAGCUGGAGUGUCCCUCUACACAUUGAAGUGCUUGGGAGCUCGAUAGGAAGUCCAAAAGACAAUUUUUGAACUUGAUCAAAAGGCUAUGCCAAAACUGGAAAAUUGGCUGAAAAUUGUUAAGUCUGGGAACGUGUUUGUGAAGCCUACUUUAGAGCUCAAUUCGAGAAGCAUAGAUGCGAGUCGAGUCCAGGGGCCUCUACCACGUUACAUUAGGUAUGUUUUUAUACAAAGUCAAGUCAUUGGAUCAAAGAUUGAAUAUCUGUAAAGCUUCCCAAUUGCUCUAGAAGUGUUGUAUGCACCACCUCUGGAACCACUUCCAGGCUGGAUCCAAACCUAAAAUGGCAGCUCUAAUCCCGGUGUGGUGAUCAGAGUCAAUUGUCAAGUUCGUCCUCCUAGUGAUGUGAAGGUGAAUUUGUCUGAAGAACCAUGUAUAGCUUUCGGUAUUCUCUCCCUCAACAAUGGCGAAGGCUAAAGGAAAGACUUGUUUAUUUGCAUCCGCUCUACUGGCAAUCAUGAGAGUGCCUUUGUACUUGCCGAUAAGGAAUGUUUCAUCCACUUGCAUCACAGGGACACAUAAGACAAAACCAUCAAUAGAUGGCUUGUGGAAUUCAUUUUCAAAUUCCAUCUCAAUUCCUAGGAAUUGCUAUAACUAGUUCCAAUUCCGUAGAAUUCAAAAUUUAGAAUUGAAAAUGAAUUCUUUUAUAUACCAAAAACAUAAAAAGAUUUCAUCUCAAAAUGAAUUCCUCAAAACUUAUGGAAUUCGUUUAUACCAAACGAUAUCUUAUAGUCAUUUUACACAACCUCUUAUAUUAAAAAGCACUUCAAUUAGUUUUCAGCCAAACUCUCAACUGCUUUUUUUGAAAAAAAAAUACUUCUCUAAUAGCUCCAGCCAGAAGCUGCUUAUGCAAAAGCUACAGAAGGGGCAAACUAGCCCAUAGACUGUAAUGCGCUUUUGAGUUUUCUUUGGAUUUGGAAAUGUGGACUGGGUUAGGAAAGCAAACUACAAUCGUCAAAUCAAGAAACUAAACGAAAACAUCUCGUGUUUUUUUAUUUUAAGUUAAAAUACAAAAAUUUAACAUUUUCAAAUUUCAAGCUCAUUAUUACAACCAUUAAAAAUAUUAAAGAUUUGAAAAAAUAAUAUCUCUUAAUCCUCGCUACCAUUGGAAGCACCCCGCCGCCGGGGAACGUCAAUCAACAAAAAUUAAGGUACUACAUAACACUAAUAACAAUUUCCCCUGUUUUUUAUACUUCCCUUGGUUCUUCAUUUCCCCUGUUUCUGCAUCUAAAACUCCAUGGUUUUGGCAAUUUCAGGACACGAUCAAAGCCCCGCUAUCGGAAGCCAAGACGAUGAAGAAAGCAUCACUAGUCAGCAUUGUCGUAACCACCAUCUUCUACAUGCUCUGCGGCUGCUUCGGCUACGCAGCCUUCGGCGACCAAUCCCCAGGAACUGUCACAUGUGGCAGAUGACAUGGCGCCAACAAGGUGACAACAAGGCGGCUGCACAUGUGGCAUGCAUGGAAGACUAGUAGCAUAGAGAUGCUCCUAGGAUUCUCCACCUAAAUGAGAGCUUAAUGGUGCACUUAUGGGCUACAUUAUGGGUAGCAUUAUUAGAGUGCAUUAUGGGGGGACUUUAUGGGGUGUAUUGAUGUAGAGGGACCAUUAUGAGGGGCAUUGAUGCCUUGUAUGAGGAGAGGCCUAUAUAAGGAGCCAUCUCCCUCACUUGUAACUCAUUCCAUCAUUUUUUAGAGUAAUACACACUAGAGAGUUCUCCCAAUCCUUUGUCUUUGUUCUUGUCUUUGCUUGCUUGUGAGUUUGAGAGAAAGGCUGUCUAGCGCUCUAACGGAGUUGAGAGCUAGGGCCGCACGAUCGAGAGUAAGGUCGUGACAGAACCUCCUGACCGGAUUCUGCUUCUACAAACCAUACUGGCUCCUCGACAUUGCCAAUGUCGCCAUCGUCGUCCAGCUCGUCGGAGCUUACCAGGUCUACUGCCAACCGGGAACGAGGAACAGCUGCGGCGGGGUGUUUCCACUGUGAUUUGACCGGGAAAUGGUAAUUUCUUUUUGUUAGGAUAUGACUUGAAUUUGAUUUGACUUUGGGUUUUGUUUGACUUUUUUCCUUAUAUGUUUGGGGAAAAGGUGUUUGGUUUUCUGUUUGGGAUUAGGAGAAGAGUUCUAUAAAUACUCUUCAUCACCCUAGUUUGUAGUAAGGGUCAGUCGAGUUAGUUUGUUUGGUUUGUCCGUUUGAAAUUUGGUUUGUAACCUGUACUCUCCUCAAAUUAGUGAAAUUUGUUCUCCCCUCCCCGUGGAUUAGCUAGCACACAUUUUGUUAGUGAACCACGUUAAAUUUGUGUUCGCUUGUGUUGAUCUUGAUUGUCGAUUGCACGCUUCUGUUCUGACACUUUUGAUUGACGUUCCCCGACGGCGCUCACGGCGGGGUGCUUCCUGGUAGUAGGGAUGACAAUUUCGACCUGACACGAUUUACCCGACCUGUUUGACCUGUUUUGAGGCAGGUCAAACCCGCCCCGCAGGCGGGGCGGGGCGGGCAUGGGUACCUCUCAUCGACCCGACCUGCCCUGACCCGCCCCAUUCUCGACCCAUUCUUGCCAUUAUUACAUAUAAUAUUAGUCAAAUUACUUAUGAUUUUCCUCUUAUUACAUUAUAUUUUAGCUAUAAUAAAGUUGUAAAUAAGUGAAAACCUCAAUUUCUUCAAUAAUUUAACUACAUUUUAUCAUAUUAUGGUUUCUUUCUUGGUCUUUUAAUGAAUACGAAUGUUUCUAAUGUUUUUUGCAUAAAUUACAUACACAAUGGGUCGACCUGCCCCGACCCGCGCCCCGUGAUAAAUUACCCGACCUGGACCCGACCUGCCAUGGGGCGGGUAUGGGUAUCAAGAUACCCGCCCCGGACCUGCCCCAUUGCCAUUCCUACCUGGUAGCGAGGAUUAAAAGAAAUUAAUUUUCAAUUUUUUUUAAUGGUUGCAAUAAUGAGGUGGAAAUUUGAAAAGAUUUUAAAAAAAAAUUAAUUAAUAUUUUAAUUGUCACGUCACUCAUUUAACAGUCAACUAUGAGGGUUGAUUACCACGUAAGCAAAAUUUAACAGAAAUGGACGGAGAGUGACCAAACUUAAAUCAUUUAACGGGUUGAUUACCACGUAAGCAAAAUUUAACAGAAAUGGACGGAGAGUGACCAAACUUAAAUCAUUUAACUAAUUUUAGUGACCACAAAUGAAAUUAAAUAUUUUUA